AGUCGCGAGGUCUGAAAACGUGUGUGCGGAGCAAAGCGGAGGACUUUCCAUCAUCGUUUAUUUUAUAUAAAUGAGUGAAACAUAAUCAAACCGGGUUAAAGUGACGAACUUGCUCGCUGCUGUUAAUACUGUAAAUGGGUGUGACAAUCCCACAACAACAACAUCACAACAACAACAACGGAUCUGCUUCCGGUUUCUGGAUGUAGCUGUCAGACUCUAGUAUCUUUUUGUAACGGGGAAGCGUUUUUAUCAGCAGGUCAGUGGCUUCGUGGAGCCAUUGUCGAUUAAUAAUAGUUCACCUUGCCGUUGUUGUUUUUUUUUUAGAAACGCUGCCAGCAGCCAAACACCGAGUAUAACCACGAGGCUGUGACGGUUUAGCAGCCGUUAACGAGAGCUUUUAGCAUGAGCGAAGGAGACGUGUUUCAUGAGAAGCAACGACUGGAGCUGUGCGCGAUCCAUGCACUCAACAACGUGCUCCAGGAGCGGGUGUUCACCAAGGAGACAGCCGAUGACAUCUGCAAACGGCUGGCUCCACAGUGUGUGGUGAACCCUCACCGCUCAGUGUUGGGUACAGGAAACUAUGACGUCAACGUCAUCAUGGCGGCCCUGCAGAGUCGGGAACUGGCUGCCGUGUGGUGGGACAAACGCAGGACGAUUGAGUGCCUUUGCAUGCCAAAGGUCCAGGGUUUUAUUCUUAACGUCCCAUCCCGGGUAUCUCUGGGGAUCGUGUCCCUCCCACUCCGAAGGCGACACUGGCUCGCGGUUCGGCAAGUAAAUGGACAGUACUACAACCUGGACUCCAAACUGAAGAGUCCCGUCUGUAUCGGGGGAGAAGCAGAACUACGCACAUUUCUCAGCGAACAGCUUUCUCAGGACGUGGCAGAGAUGCUCCUGGUCGUACGGCGGGAGGUGGAGGAGGACGGCUCGUGGCUGAACUCUGACAACCCCAAUAAGUGAUGCUCUGGUGACGGGACAUACCUUCACAUAGUAUGAGGAAACAAAUCCUCUGGGAUGAUGACAGACUUUAAAAAAAAAAAUAAUAAUUACAGAAAACUCUUCAGGGAAUGCACUAAAAUCAAUUUGAUAUCGACACACAGGAAAUUCCAAAGAGAAGCAGAGACCGGUGUUUACUCCUGAGAUGAAGAACUGUUUUGAUUGUAACAGCUGUAAAAGCUUUUGCUCUGAUGUGACCCAUGUACAGUAUAUGCAUUGGCCUUCUCUUACUACCGUUGUUUUGAACACGGGGAAGGUGUAUCUAAGCUAACAAAGUUUGAAGCAAAUGUGGGCUUGUUUGAUACUCGAGUUGUGACUUAUGACUGAACUUUUACUGUUUCGUGGUAGAGAGAUUGCAGUGUUUGCGCAUGAAAAGCCAUCUGCAAUAAGGACACCUGUUCUACUUUGAGUACCAAAACAUAACCAAGAUCAAAAUGGUUUAGCUGUCCUAGACUGUUGCAAUCAAGUCGUUUUUUGCUCGAUGGUCAUCUCAAAAUGUAUCAGUUAUCAAGCAGCACUAUCUCUAUCCACGACCAUUAUGGUAAACCUCCUAUGCACUGCAGUUAGAUUUAUUAGCACUGUUCGUCUUCGUGUGUGCUCGCUCACAGACACAGGUACUGUGAAGGCAUCACCUGGUGAGGCAUUGAAGGACCGCCAGUGUCUUUGCGUGUUUUCAUCCGUUAAGCACUACGCUCUAAACAUUUUUCAUAGCGUAACAUGGUUUUUAGAUUUUAAAAUGUGUUUUGUUGUCUUCCUGGCUGCCUUUGUUUUCCUCAUUUAGCUUUAGUGUAAGAAAAAGAAAAAAACAAUUAGCAGAGAUUUAAAGUGUGUUUUGUGCUUUGAGGUCUCUGAUCCACCACAAUGAACAUGGUGAGCCCCCUUAGUUAUGUCAUUGAUGUGAGAUAAUGCAGCUGAAUCCACACACUAAUGAUGCUUUGACACAUUGAAAGCAGACAGGACUUUGAUUAAGAUGCCUUAUCCACUUCAUCCAGGUCUCAAGUCUCUCCAGGAUGAGUUUGACAGUUUUAUUAUGAAUGAAAGAAGAUGUUUUGUUUUACAUCUAAAAUGAAAGUUUUUUUUAAUUUGUUUUAAAUAACUAACAUGCAAAAACACAGGUUCUGUGAUUGUAUGUCACCUUUGUGUUUGUAUUUUGUCUCUCCUGUUGAUCUAUGCAUAUCCAGAAUAAUAGGAGCACGGUCUCUGGUACACACUAGUGACUAACUCACACAUAAACCUAAGCUCAGAGGUUCGUUAUAGUGAAACUUAUUUAUAUUAAACUUUGACCUCUUGUUUUGAGUAUGAA